AUGGAACUUGCCGUGCUUCUGAGUUUUGUCCAAACUCUGGUCGAAGCCCAAAAAAUCUUCCUCAGAAAUGGGAGGCUCAUGAUCUCCAUCGCCGCCUCCACCGUCUUGCUCUACUCUCUGCUGCUCCUCACCAACAUCUUCUCCGUCCGGCCCGCGGUCGGCCACCUCAUCGCCAACCAAAGCAUGUUGCUCAUCACCAGCCCCACCAGCACCGAGUACUCCUACCUCCUCAUGUCCGUCCAGAAGAACAUAGGCUUGUUCUUCGGCCUUGAGUGGGUCUUCGUCUUGCUCUACUCCGCCUGCUCGAUCCUCUUCUCGACCGUGACCAUUUACGCCUCCGCCACCACGCAUGGUGGCAAGAAUCCGUCCGCCUCGGACUUGGCUAUCGCGGUGGCUCAGUCCUGGACAAGGCCCUUCAUCACUUUCUUCUACAUCACCCUCUUCGGCAUCGGUUACCUAUUUCUUGUCCUAGCUCUGAUGGUCCCUCUCGCUCUGCCUAGGGCAAGUAUUGCUACCGUCAUCCUAUCCAUCUUGGCCGCUUUGCUCUACGCUCAUCUGGCCGUCGUUUGGACCCUCGGGCUCGUCGUGUCCGUGUUGGAAGAGGACAAGAGUGGACUCGAGGCGCUCGCGAAGGCGGGGCGGCUAGUGAAGGGAAGGGAAGUACAUGGGUUCGCGUUGAGCCUCGUGAUCGUGGUAUUAUCGAUCCUAAUGAGUCAGAUAGUGAGGUUCGUCUCGAUUCGACAAUCCAAUGGGGCAUACGUUGGGAUAGGCUUGUUGAUGCUGAACUCGCUGUGGUCGGUGAGGAUGUUUGGAUUGAUGGCGUACACCGUUUUUUACUACGAGUGCAAGAAGUUUCAUGGAGAAGAGAGUAACGAAUCCAUGGUUAGCUUGGAAUAUUCGAAGAUACCUGCUAAUACGCCUCUCAUUACAGAAAGCCUUCCUUAG